AAAUGUGCAGUUACCCGCGGCGCGAUCCUAAACCAAAAAAAAAAAAAAAAUCGAGCUGCGUGCCCCGCCCCACGCAGAGAUAAAUACGCACUCCGACGCAGCCCUGCUGCCGCAUACGGACACACACGGAGCCCGAAACGCGAGCACAACACCAACGCACAAGCCGAUACAGCACCAGCAGCCGCAGCAGAAGCGCUCGCGAGUUUGCGAGAAGUGAACCCGCGGCGGCUUUUGCCUUUGCUCCUGCUUUGCGGUGAGGAGACGCGCGCGCAUUGGCGCCGCCGUCGCCGCGACGCCCAUUGCCGUGUCGAUCUCCCCGUCCCGGUGGACUAUCGCGCGCGUUUUUUUGGCGGGGAGCGAGGCGGGCUAGCUUGCUAGCUAGCCGCGGGGCGGCGGGUCGGGAAUGGCGGGCCGCCGCCGCGUGGUGGUGCUGGUGGUGGCGGCAGCGCUGUUGGUCGCCGUGGCCUCGGCCGGCGCGAGCGGCAAGUCGGCGCGGUUCGAGCUGCUCCGGCUCGCGCCGGCGGCGUCCCUGGCCGACCUGGCGCGCAUGGACCGGGAGCGGAUGGCGUUCAUCUCGUCGCGCGGGCGGCGCCGCGCGGCGGAGACCGCGUCCGCCUUCGCGAUGCCGCUCUCCUCCGGCGCGUACACCGGGACGGGCCAGUACUUCGUGCGCUUCCGCGUGGGCACCCCGGCGCAGCCGUUCCUGCUCGUCGCCGACACCGGCAGCGACCUCACCUGGGUCAAGUGCCACCGCGCCGCCGCCGCCGCCUCCGCCUCCCCCAGAAACGCCUCCUCCCUCCCGGCGCCUGCGCCGGCCUCCCCUCGCCGCACGUUCCGGCCGGACAAGUCCCGGACGUGGGCGCCCAUCCCGUGCUCGUCCGCCACCUGCAGGGAGUCCCUCCCCUUCUCCCUCGCCGCCUGCGCCACCCCCGCCAACCCCUGCGCCUACGACUACCGGUACAAGGACGGGUCGGCGGCGCGCGGCACGGUGGGCGUCGACUCGGCGACCAUCGCGCUGUCGGGGCGCGCGGCGAGGAAGGCGAAGCUGCGCGGCGUCGUGCUGGGCUGCACCACCUCCUACAACGGCCAGAGCUUCCUGGCCUCCGACGGCGUGCUCAGCCUCGGCUACAGCAACAUCUCCUUCGCGUCGCGCGCCGCGUCGCGCUUCGGCGGCCGCUUCUCCUACUGCCUCGUCGACCACCUCGCCCCGCGGAACGCCACCAGCUACCUCACCUUCGGGCCCAACCCGGCGUUCUCCUCGCGGCGCCCGUCGGAGGGCACCGCCUCGUGCAAGCCUGCGCCUGCGCCCACGCCCGCCCCCGCAGGCGCGCCCGGCGCGCGCCAGACGCCGCUGGUGCUCGACCACCGGACGCGCCCCUUCUACGCGGUCACCGUCAAGGGCGUCUCCGUCGCCGGGGAGCUGCUCAAGAUCCCGCGCGCCGUCUGGGACGUCGAGCAGGGCGGCGGCGCCAUCCUCGACUCCGGCACGAGCCUGACGAUGCUGGCCAAGCCGGCGUACCGCGCCGUGGUGGCGGCGCUGAGCAAGAGGCUCGCGGGGCUACCCAGGGUGACCAUGGACCCGUUCGACUACUGCUACAACUGGACGUCGCCGUCGGGCAGCGACGUCGCCGCGCCGUUGCCAAUGCUGGCCGUGCACUUCGCCGGGUCGGCGCGCCUGGAGCCGCCGGCGAAGAGCUACGUGAUCGACGCGGCGCCCGGGGUGAAGUGCAUCGGCUUGCAGGAGGGCCCGUGGCCGGGCCUGUCCGUCAUCGGCAACAUCCUGCAGCAGGAGCACCUCUGGGAGUACGAUCUGAAGAACCGACGGCUCAGAUUCAAGAGGUCGCGGUGCAUGCACUGAUUCAACGGUGCCGAUCACUCCCUCCACUUCUUUUAUUUUUUUUCUCCGUGUGGUGGUGGUCUGGCUGAUUUUUUUUUGUUUUAUUUUACGCCGUGUUCAGAUACUAAUGCAAUGAGAAAAUGUAUCAAGCAAAAAAUGGUAAUCUGUAAUAAGUUUUCCUUUUCUUUUCUUUCACCCAUCUGUUCUUCUCAUUCCGAUGAAUAUAAGUGUAUAGAUUUUCUCCGUGCAAA